AUCACUAAUUUUUAUCAUCAAUGCACAAUAAUCUAUAAGAACGGUAAUAUUUUUUAUAGUACGGUAAUUUUGUCAUAUUUUUCCCAAAGACUAGAUAACUAACAUUGGCAACGCUGAUGCGACUAAACGACGACGACGGCUAUCGUGAUUCUGAAUUUAAUAUAAAUUUCCAUUAAAAAUUGUCCCACUUUUUCAUUUACAACUUAAUUUCUAAACGUACGAUUUUGAUGAUUUUUACAAAAGCACGUUCUGCACAAUAUUUCUGAUGUUUUGAAGUUUACUAGGAUUAAUUGAUGCAUUAUAAAAUUAGUUAUGUCGUAUAACAAAUUUACCUAUAUUUUACACAGUUUAAACAGGCAACUCCUGCUUCAAUAUACUAUACACACACGGUCGUGCAGUUAUUAUUUUGUUUUUUACUUAGGUACAAAAAAUAAAAUAAAUACUGUUAUAGUGUUAUAUUUAAAUUUAAGUGACUAGACACUUUUUAAAUUGACUCCAAUAAUUACAGUACUUUUAUACCAUAAAAACCUUAAAACCCGACCAAUUCGGUUCAACGCGUUUUAUAAACUAUAACAUGCAUAUUGUUAUAAGUCCCGUUUACCGUUUAAUUGUUGAAUUAAAAUCUUUCUGUUCUCGGUUAACCGAUCAAUACUGUAUUAUUACAAACGCAUUUUAAUCAUCUAGCUUCAUGGCACUAUACGGUCUGGUCUUUGUUUCAAUUGGUGUGGGUGGUAUAAAAUGCUGUAUUGCAGCAUUUGGCGUGGAUCAGCUCAUUGGAAAUGAUCAGAAUGUAACCUCAACACAAGUACACGUAUUCUUUAGCAUGUUCUACUUUUCCAUACACUUAGGCGUGUUCUUCGGAAUGAUUACUUCGCCAAUUAUCAAUAAAAUUCUGUUGUACAGUGGCCACAAUGUCAACGAAUAUGUUAUCAGAUUUGGAAUGGUGGUUAUCACAAUGGCAAUCUCAAUAAGCGUGUUUGUUUGCGGAACCCCAUACUACUUAUUCAGAAAAUCGUUACCUAAUAUUCUACCAAAAAUGAUAAAAUGUAUUUUUUUCUCUCUGUGGAAACAAUUAACAUCACCCUGUAAGGAGACAAAAAAUGAACAUUGGUUAGAAAUGGCAAAAAAUUCUUUUCCAAACGAUAUCAUAAAUGACACGAAGAAAACGUUACACAUGCUCUGUCUUUACAUACCUUUGUCAAUAUUUUGGAGUUUAUUCGAUCAACAAGUUAAUAUUAGAAACAAAUCGUGUAAGUCAUAUCCAUAUUAAUUGUAUAAGCUAUGUAUUGAU